GCUGCCGCUGCAGACGGAACAAAACAGACUCCGGUUCCGUUCAGGAGCUUUUUUCCGUCUGUUUUAACCUUUUAGUUGGAGAUGGGGGAGGCAGACGUGACGCUGAACCAGACCGAUGAGAAGCCCCCAGACUCGGGGCUGGUUCCCGGGGAGGACUCGGUGGUGUGGAGCCACGAGGUGGAGGUCUGCCUGUUUCACGCGAUGAUCGGACACAAACCCGUCGGAGUGAACCGUCACUUCCACAUGAUCUGCAUCAGAGAUAAGUUCAGUCAGAACAUCGGCCGACAGGUUUCUUCCUCCGUCAUCUGGGAUCACCUGGGAACCAUGUACGACAUGCAGGCUCUGCAUGAGUCGGAGAUCUUGCCGUUUCCAAACACAGAGAAGAGUUUCUCUCUGCCUGAUGACAUCAUCCAGGAGGUUAAAGAAGGGAAGCUGGGCUCAGAGGACGACACCAAAGAGGAGUUCAGGAUGGAGAGAGAACCUCCAGCUACACAUGAAGAAGGCAGCAACUCAUCGGUGAAGAUGUCGGAGCGAACGAGCAGCAGUCGGGAGAAGGAGAGAGAGCGAGACAAGGAGAAGGGAGGGAGUGAGGGAGGAGGAGGAGGGAAGGAGGCAGAGAAGAGGAAGAGGAGUCGAGCGGCCGAGAAACUGCUGUCGUCUUCCAACCCCGCGAGUCCGGGAGGAGUCAAAAGGAGACGCACCUGAGACGGACAGAGUGUGUGAGGGAGGGAGGGAGGGAGGGAGAACGAGGUGAUUGGACUGUGCAGGAUGAAAAAUAAAUGAGUGAAAAAGAAGAGAAGAAGAAGAAGGUGCCGUCAAACGUGCAAACUUUGUGUCACAUGACCGUCCGCUGUCCGAUCGCUACGCUGCCAACAGGAAACAGCUGGAGUGACGUCGUGGAACCUCUCCGACCUGUUCCUUAAUGACAGCUCACUCCAUGGCUUCUCUGAUUGGCUGCUUCACACCUGUCAGUCAGCCUCUGCUGCUUUGGCUGGGUGCAGUUUUCAUCAUGUGAUCACAGUGGGAGGAAGUGACACGUCAUGUUUUAUUAGUAUUUUUAUUAAAUUGUUGUAUUAGAGCAGGAAGUUGUUUUCCCGGGGGGGGGCGUGUCCCUCCUGUUUCUCCUGUCCUUCAGCUCCAGUUUGAUUCGCUCGGUCUGAAAUUCUUCUCCACAGAUUCAGACAGAUUUUAAAGAGGAUCUAUGGUCUGCUCAGCUCACCUCAGGCGACGUCACCUGAGAAAUGUCCUCAGGCGACGUCACCUGUGGACAUUUCUCAGACUUCACUCAGCUGCCUCUGCAGACACUGAAGCCCUCAAACGACCAGGAAACCCUGAUGUGUAAAGUCAGAGUCCCUGAAGGUGGAUGUUCUGCGUCUCAGCUGUGACUGAAGACUGAGGGCUGAGGAAAGUCCUGCCUCCUGUGGCUGUAGAGAUAAGAUUCAGUCUGUUGCUUCUUCCUUCAGUUUCUGCUGCUUAAAACAUCAGGUUAAGUCAAAGCUCAGUAAAUUCCACGUUUCUCAUGAAGUGUCACAGAAACUGAAUGUUCUGAUGAAUGUUGUAACAGAGAGCAGCUCAGUGAGGGUCUGAAACAUGAGGGUCUGAGGCGUGAGGGUCUGAGGCGUGAGGGUCUGAAACAUGAGGGUCUGAAGCGUGAGGGUCUGAA